UGUUCUGUAAAAGCGGGACGGGACAGAAAACCAGCAGAAACAGUUCGGAAACACCACUUAGGAUGUUAGAAAACACGAGUUUUCUCACAGUUAGGACAGUUACUCGUCAUUUAAACUGAAAAAAGUAAGUUCAUGACAGGCGGGACUCCCCUGUGAGGAGCUUAUAGCUACAUGACUUCGUAGCUCGGUGAGGGAAACGACCGUUAGCCAACGUACUUUUAAAGUAGAGUCCGUGAGACUGCUUACAACGAAGACCGAGACCAGGGUUCAGAGGACUGGGCGACCAUGGCUGGGUGCUGUUGUAUGUCGGCUGAGGAGAAAGAGUGUCAGAGGAUUAAUCAAGAGAUAGACAAGCAGCUUCGGCGAGACAAGAAAGACUCUCGAAGAGAGCUGAAGUUGCUGUUGUUGGGCACAGGGGAGAGUGGGAAGAGCACCUUUAUCAAACAGAUGCGCAUCAUUCAUGGCUCUGGCUACACUACAGAGGACAGAAAAAGCUUCACGAAGCUGGUGUACCAGAACAUUGUUACCGCCAUGCAGUCCAUGAUCAGAGCUAUGGAGAUGCUGAAGAUAGCGUUCUCUAAUUCCAAGAACCAGGCUCAUGCUAAUUUGUUGAAUGAGUUGGAAGUUGAUAAGGUGAUGGAGUUGGACAAAAACUAUGUGGAGGCCAUCCGCAGUCUGUGGAGCGAUCAAGGAAUUCAGGAAUGUUACGAUCGCCGCCGAGAAUAUCAACUAUCUGACUCUGCCAAAUAUUACCUGAGUGACCUGGAGCGGAUUGCAGAUCCAGUGUAUGUACCCACUGAACAGGACAUCCUUAGGGUACGAGUCCCCACCACAGGCAUCAUUGAAUACCCGUUCGACCUGGAAAAUGUCAUUUUCAGGAUGGUGGAUGUAGGAGGUCAGAGGUCAGAGCGCAGAAAGUGGAUCCACUGCUUCGAGAACGUGACUUCCAUCAUCUUCUUGGUGGCGCUGAGCGAGUAUGACCAAGUCCUUGCAGAGUGUGACAAUGAGAACCGUAUGGAGGAGAGUAAAGCUCUUUUCAAGACCAUCAUCACAUACCCAUGGUUCCAACAGUCCUCGGUCAUUCUCUUCCUGAAUAAGACUGAUAUUCUAGCGGAGAAGAUCACCUAUUCCCACCUCGUCAACUACUUUCCAGAGUUUACAGGUCCUCAGAAUGAUGCCAAAGCAGCACAGGAAUUUAUUUUGAAGAUGUACCAAGAGCAGAACCCAGACCGAGAGAAGACCAUCUACUCCCACUUCACCUGUGCUACCGACACAGAGAACAUCCGCUUCGUCUUUGCUGCAGUGAAGGACACCAUCCUCAGACACAACUUGAAAGAGUUCAAUCUAGUCUAAACCAGGUUUGAACUUCCACUCUGGAACUCUGUUUUAAUCCCUUCCUCUGACCAAGCAGAGCUAUUACAUUUUCUUUCAUUCUCUCAGUGGCUGGCUAAAAUCUUUAGAAGCAUCUAUGGGAGAGAUUCCAGGGCUGAAUCUGGACUUAGCCAGCAAGAGAGGCCUGGUAAAGAUCUGAGUUCACAUUUCACUGUGGCCUGAGUGUGAACAAGCGUUCUCUUUUUGGGUCCUUGUUUGAUCCUAUAACAGACUAGAUAAUACAGAAAUAGUCUAUUUGUUUUCUCUGGAUGUAGUGGUGAUUAGGAAAAGCAGGGGGUAUGAUAUGUUCAGAAAUGUAUUCCCUGUCCCUCACAAAUGGUACUUGUGAUAAAUUGCUAAGGUGGUUGAUCAAAACUGAAAAGAAAGAAAAAAAAAAAGAAGAAAAAAAAAAUCAAUCCUGACACUUUUUGAUAGACUGAUGGGCAAAAUAAGGGCAAAGUUUACAUUUAUAAUAAUCUGAAUGUACAAAUUAACUUUAUAGUUACAACAUGCUCUUGAUGUGCCUUAACUAAGUUGCACUGAACUGAAUUUCAAGCAGCCAUAUAUAGAACCUUAUCUGCUAUUUAUAUUAGACAUUUAGUCUAAAUGAUAAUGCAAGUUUCUUUAAAUUAGUACUGGAAGGUUUUGAAUGGUUUUAGCUUUAUAAUGGAGCCAAAGAUAAUCUAGGAAGUUAAAAUGCCUAUGAACUAUACACCGGAGGGAAAAUGAGUUACUUUUGUUGAAAAUGAACCAAAAUUGGUCUUAUUGGAAAUACAAAACCAUAUUUAUUACCUACAUUUAGAAAAUAGUAAUUUCUUGUGGUUUAUAAAGUUAUGUAUAAAUAAUGUAUUGUGUGAUUAUAUUUGCUUACACAAACUCUGAGCAGAUUUAAAAUUACUUCUCUGUAUUUAAACUGAAUGAUAUAUCUAGAUUCAAUAAAAACCUAGUGGCCUUAAACUGUACUGGUACUUAAACUGGUUACUGUACUAACCAAACAACAUUCAUCAAAAUACAUUUAUUCAGUAUGCAUACUCAGUUAAAAAUGACAGGAAAACACUGAAAUUAUAUCCAGUGGUUUUGUUUUGCCUUAUUACCAGUGCAAUAACUGACAAAUAUUUCAGAAAACAAUUGAUUAGCUCCACUGAAAGGAUAAUUAUUAUUGCAUAUUUGUCAUCCCUUAUGUAUAAUUUGUUAAAGGUACAGUAUAUCAGUACAAGCUGCAUAGAAAGGCUGAGAAUAAAAUCAACAGUAAGUACCAAAGCCACUAAAUAUUUACAGUACAAUACUGUUGAGAAGAUGUAAACAGUGUAAUUUAUACACACAAUGGCCAACAGAAAUGUUUUCAUGCAAAAGCAACAAGUACAAAAAUAUUCAUGUAAUGUCCCAUCAAACCGAGCUGUUUUCAGACAUUCUUGGUCAAGCUAAACUUCUUACUUAUGUUCCCCGUUAAUACAUACAUACAUACAUACAUACAUACAUUGGUCUUUAUCUUCUCCACAAAUAAAAUCUGAACGGCUUUGUGUGGGGAUGCCCUGAAAGGAGCAAGAAGUAGUGUUUUGUAAUACAUUGAUGAAACUGUAUGAUGAAUAAAUAUUACUUGGCUGUA